AUGAAUGAAGAUGCUGUAUUUUUCCAACAAGCGGCCGAAGCUUUAAUCGCUACCAGCUUGAAAAACUCAAAUGUUGAUCCGACAAUAAAGGAGCUGCUGAAUCGGCUCAAACAUGUGAAGCCAGGAGUCUCUGCGACUCGGGUUCCUCAGCAGAUUCCUCUAGAGAACAAAUCCGUUUUGGACUACUUCGAUCAACUUCUCAGUAAUACAGAUGUCAUUUCAACCAGCACAGACGCAGUCUCGAGCAGUUCAUUUGGUUCGGGAGCGGACCGCAAGAGAAGAAGGUCAGACACCGCGGAACACGGUAGCCAAGACGAAAGAAAGGAUGAUGGCAGUGGCAGCAAAGGCAGCACAUCAUUAGAUGAUGAUCCUACGGCGAAGAAAUUCCCGUGCGCUAAAUGUGAUCUGAUAUUUCGACGUUCCAGCGAUCUCAGAAGACACGAAAGAGCACACUUGCCCAUUCUACCGAACAUUUGCACCCUUUGCGGUAAAGGCUUCGCUCGUAAGGAUGCACUCAAGAGACAUUUCGAUACAAUGACGUGCAAGAGAAAUCGGGAAAAACUUCUGAGCAUAGGGGGAGAUAUCAACGAAAUACUGGAAAAGGCCAAGCUCAACGGUGCAAAGGUAUGA